GAGAUGGAGGACCGGCCGCGGGUGUCCACGCUCAUCAACUCGCUGGCCAACUACUCCAACACCAUCCAGCCCACGCCCGCGGACCCGGACGCCAAGCCGGCCCAGGGCGGCGCCUCCAUGGGCACGCUGAUCGGCGUCUACCUGCCCUGCAUCCAGAACAUCUUCGGCGUCAUCCUCUUCAUCCGCCUCACCUGGGUGGUCGGCACGGCGGGGGCCGUCGCGGGCUUCCUCAUCGUCUUCACCUGCUGCUGCGUGACCAUGCUCACGGCCAUCUCCAUGUCCGCUAUCGCGACCAACGGGGUGGUGCCGGCAGGCGGGUCGUACUUCAUGAUAUCCCGCUCGCUCGGCCCCGAGUUCGGCGGCGCCGUCGGCAUCCUGUUUUACAUCGGGACGACGCUGGCGGCCGCCAUGUACAUCGUGGGCGCGGUGGAGAUUGUCAUUACGUACAUGGCCCCCUCCAUCUCCAUCUUCGGGGACUUCACAAAGGACGCCAGCGUCAUGUACAACAACUUCCGCGUGUACGGCACGGUGCUGCUCAUGAUCAUGGGCACCAUCGUGUUCAUCGGCGUCAAGUUCGUCAACAAGUUCGCGACGGUCGCCCUGGCGUGCGUCAUCUUCUCCAUCAUCGCCGUGUACGCUGGCAUCUUCGUUAACUGGAACGGCAACGACAAUUUGUUCAUGUGCGUGCUGGGGAAGCGACUGCUCAAGGACGUGCACCUGGACAACUGUACCAAGACCCCGAACGGCUACCUGUACAACUUGUUCUGCAAGAACAACCUGUGCGACCCGUACUUCAUCACCAACAACGUGACCAAGGUCCGCGGUAUCAAGGGCAUCGCCAGCGGCGUCUUCUUCGACAACAUCGCCGACAGCUUCCUGUAUGACGGCCAGUACAUCGCCCGCGGCAAGGACCCCAAGGAGAUCGACCGCCUGGACGGCUCCUCGUUCAACCAGGUGAUGGCCGACAUCACCACGACCUUCACCAUCCUCAUCGGUAUCUUCUUCCCAUCGGUCACUGGUAUCAUGGCGGGCUCCAACCGUUCCGGCGACCUGCGGGACGCGCAGAAGAGCAUCCCCAUCGGCACGAUCGCCGCCAUCCUGACCACCUCGACCGUCUACCUGUCCACCGUGCUCCUGUUCGCCGCCACCGUCGACAACCUGCUGCUCCGCGACAAGUUCGGCCAGAGCAUCGGCGGCAAGCUGGUCGUGGCCAACAUCGCCUGGCCCAACCAGUGGGUCAUCCUGAUCGGCUCGUUCCUGUCCACCCUGGGCGCCGGGCUGCAGUCGCUGACGGGCGCGCCCCGCCUGCUGCAGGCCAUCGCCAAGGACGGCAUCAUCCCCUUCCUGCAGCCGUUCGCCGUGUCCUCGUCGCGCGGCGAGCCGACGCGCGCCCUGCUGCUCACCGUGCUCAUCUGCCAGUGCGGCAUCCUGCUCGGCAACGUCGACUACCUGGCGCCGCUGCUCUCCAUGUUCUUCCUCAUGUGCUACGGCUUCGUGAACCUGGCGUGCGCCGUCCAGACGCUGCUCCGCACCCCCAACUGGCGGCCGCGCUUCAAGUUCUACCACUGGUCCCUGUCGCUCAUCGGCCUCUGCCUCUGCGUCGCCGUCAUGUUCAUGACGAGCUGGUACUACGCGCUCUUGGCCAUGGCCAUCGCCGGGAUCAUCUACAAGUACAUCGAGUACCGAGGCGCGGAGAAGGAAUGGGGUGACGGCAUCCGCGGUCUGGCGCUGAGCGCGGCGCGCUUCUCGCUGCUCCGGCUCGAGGAGGGCCCGCCCCACACCAAGAACUGGCGGCCGCAGAUCCUCAUCCUGACCAAGCUCACGCAGGACCUGGUGCCCAAGUACCGCAAGCAGCUGGCGUUCGCGUCGCAGCUCAAGGCGGGCAAAGGGCUGACGGUGUGCGUGUCGGUGCUCAAGGGCACCUACACGGCCAACUGCGGCGAGGCGCUGGCCGCCAAGCAGAGCCUCAGGCGCACCAUGGAGGAGGAGAAGGUCAAGGGCUUCGUGGACGUGAUCGUGAGCAGGGACGUCAGCGACGGCCUCAGCCACCUGUGA